ACACCGUUUGACUCUCUGAAACUAUCAAGACUUUGGGAGCCAUGGACUUUUCAGAGCUACGAGAAGCCAUAGAGAAGGUUCAGCUAGUGGACGGCCAUGCUCACAGUCUUGUGGCCCUCGACUCCGCCUUUCCUUUCAUCAAUUCCUUCUCUGAAGCGCAGGGUGACGCCUUGUCUGAUGCUCCUCACUCCCUCUCCUUCAAGAGGAAUUUGAGGAAUAUUGCUGAACUGUAUGGCUGUGAAUCAACUUUGCAAGCUGUUGAAGAAUAUCGCAGAUCCUCAGGGUUAGAAUUCAUUAGCUCAGUAUGCUUCAAAACUGCAAAUAUCUCAGCUGUACUCAUUGACGAUGGAUUAAAGUUGGACAAGAAGCAUGACCUCGAGUGGCAUAAACGUUAUGUUCCAUUUGUUGGUAGAGUAUUACGCAUUGAACACCUGGCAGAGGAGAUUCUAGAUCAAGUUGAAGUAGUAGUUUGUAGUCUGGUGUUGCUGAAGUUUGUAGCCUGGUGUUGCUGA